GUCCUCCUCCAAUAGCGGCCGCCGGCCCUGGCUCAGGAACACCAGGCAGUUGCCUAUUCGAGGCUUAACGAGCAUCCCACAGCCCGGUAAACAGCGCAGAGUAACUGCCUGUUGACGGCAUGUUUUCUCUCGAGCGGGGAACAUGGGUGAGCUAUGAGAAAUGCUGUGCGCGGCUGUGCCGCGGGAAGAACAGGUAUAAAAGCCUGCCGGUUCUGCUGCUGCUACUGCUGCCCAGAGGUAGCUGUCGCUUGUCGCUGCUUGUUCUACGAUUAAGCUUUCAUCAUGGCGCCAAUUACGAGGCUUUUGGCGGCUUUAGGUGCGGUUGCGACAGCGGUGGCGCGAAAGCUGACGCUUGAGGAGAGAGGCAUUCCGAAGGAUCCCACGGGCGUCAUGACGAUUACAUCACCGCAGGGCGCGAGCAUUCGGUUCAAGCAGCCUGGGAAAGUAGGCAUCUGCGAGACGAAAGAGGGCGUGGAUGAUUAUGCGGGGUAUAUCAGCUUGGACGAGACAACGAAUAUGUUCUUCUGGUUCUUUGAGGCGCGGGAGAACCCCAGCGACAAGCCUUUGACCCUUUGGUUGAAUGGCGGUCCGGGCUCUGACUCUUUGAUCGGCCUUUUUCAAGAACAUGGACCUUGCAAUGUCACCGAGAACCUCACGACGCAGUGGAACCCGUACUCGUGGAACGAAGCCUCCAACAUGCUCUACCUCUCACAACCGGUCGGCGUAGGCUUCUCCUACGAAACCACGGAAACCGAUGCGGAGGGUCGCUACUCACUUGUUGAUCCUGAUCGCGCAAACACGACCGAUGCUGCAGCUGUUGGUGCGUGGCAUAUCCUCCAGGCGUUCUUAGAUCUAUCGCCGCAGUUAGAUCCAGACAUCACGAAUUUUACCUUCAAUCUCUGGACGGAGAGUUAUGGAGGUCAUUACGGUCCAGGAUUCUACAACUACUUCUACCAGCAAAACGAGGCGAUCCGCAACGGCUCCGUUCCCGGUGUUGAGCUCCAAAUGGACACGCUCGGUAUAAUUAACGGCAUCAUUGACGAGGAAAUACAAGCACCGUACUACCCCGAGUUUGCCGUAAACAACACUUACGGUAUCAAAUCCAUCAACGACACCGUCUAUACGUUCAUGAAGAUGGCCUACUACGUCCCUGACGGCUGCUACGACCAAAUCCAGUACUGCAAGCAAUCCGAUCGCUCAACGCCGGAAGGCCAGCUCACCUGUUCACAAGCCACCAACCUUUGCCGCUCCAUGGUCGAAGAGCCGUACUAUGCCUACGGCGGCCGUGGUGUUUACGAUAUCCGCCAUCCGUAUGACGAUCCCACACCGCCGGACUACUUCGAGUAUUUUUUGAAUCUGGCUAGCACGCAGGAGGCUCUCGGCGUGAAUAUCAACUAUACGACUACGAACGCACGGAAUGUUUCUGCUGGGUUCGCGAGCACGGGUGACUUCGUGUGGCCAAACUUUAUCGAGGAUCUUGAAGAGAUCCUUGGCUAUGGUGUCCGCGUCUCGCUCAUCUACGGUGAUGCGGACUACAUCUGCAACUGGUUUGGCGGCGAAGCCGUCUCACUCGCCGUCAAUUACACCAACGCUGAGAGCUUCCGCGCCGCGGGCUACGUACCCUUCGUCGUGGACGGCGUUGAGUACGGCGAGGUCCGUGAGUAUGGAAACUUUUCAUUCACGAGGAUCUAUGAGGCUGGGCAUGAGAUCCCGUACUAUCAGCCAGAGGCCAGUCUGGAGAUUUUCAGGAGAACCCUGGAUCAUGUUAUCUUGAGUGACGGGAGUAUGGUGGUGACGGAUGAUUAUGGGACGAAUGGGACGGCGGAGGCGACGCAUACAGAGCCUUUUGUGCCGCUGCCGCCGACAAGUACACCGAGUGUUACGUCGGGCUGAUGAGUGAGGAGUAUUUGGUGUUCUUGGAUGAUGUACGGAAAUGGUAAAGUGCAAUGACUUCAUGGUUCCUUUCAAACACUAAUAAAAGCUAUACUGGCAUGAGACCGCGA